AUGGCGCUUUUUAUAUCAAAGGCAGACACGUCAUUUCUAUCGAAAGGGAAACCUUAUGUAAAGAAUUGCGACAGCAACGAUGAGUGUCCAAACGGGACUGCUUGCCUGCUUCCAGGCGCUGUCAACGCAAAUCCUUCAGCACAGAGAAAGUGCUAUAUGUGCAACUGCACUGAGCAGUCCCAGUGUUACUUUAGCCACCAUAUGAUGUUUUGCGAUUGUUCGGGAAAUGGCUUCACAGGAGUGAACUGUGAAAUUAAUAUAGACGACUGUUGUCCAAUGCAAUGUUUGAACGGUGCAACAUGUGUUGACGGAAUAAAUGAAUACUCAUGCAUAUGUGCUCCGGGAUAUAACGGCACAAAUUGUGAAAUUGAUAUAGAUGAAUGCAUGAAUGGUCCAUGUUUGAAUGGUGGAACAUGUAACGAUGGUGUAAACGAAUAUACGUGCACUUGUGCCCCAGGAUUUACUGGAAACGAUUGUGAAAUAAACAUAGAUGAUUGUUCCACUGGCCCAUGUUUAAAUGGUGCCACAUGUAAUGAUGGAAUAGAUGGAUAUACUUGUACAUGUGCUCCUGGUUAUACUGGUUACCACUGUGGCAUAGAUAUUGUUGAAUGCUACCCAAUGCCCUGUUUAAAUGGCGCCACAUGCAAUGAUGGUAUAGAUACGUUCUCGUGCACGUGUGCUCCUGGUUACACAGGCACCACUUGUGAGAUAGAUAUUGAUGAAUGCAUGAAUGGUCCAUGUUUGAAUGGUGGAACAUGUAACGAUGGUGUAAACGAAUAUACGUGCACUUGUACCCCAGGAUUUACUGGAAACGAUUGUGAAACAAACAUAGAUGAUUGUUCCACAAACCCAUGUUUAAAUGGCGCUACAUGCAAUGAUGGAAUAGAUGGAUAUACUUGUACAUGUGCUCCUGGCUAUACUGGUUACCACUGUGGCAUAGAUAUUUUUGAAUGCUACUCAAUGCCCUGUUUAAACGGCGCCACAUGCAAUGACGGGAUAAAUACGUACUCGUGCACGUGUGCUCCUGGCUACACAGGCACCGAUUGUGAGAUAGAUAUCAAUGAAUGCAUCCCAAAUCAAUGUGUUAAUGGCUUAUGCACUGAUGGAAUAAAUCAAUACACAUGCACAUGUGAUCCCGGAUACACUGGCAUUAAUUGCGAAACAGAAAUCAACGAAUGUAUGUCUCAACCGUGUUUAAAUUCUGGGACUUGUAAUGACCUUGUUAAUGGAUUCACGUGUACAUGCCCACAGGGAUACACUGGUAUCGUGUGCGAAGUCGAUAUACUAAAUGACUGCAAUCCAUGCUUUAAUGGCGGAACAGUUGACUAUAACUGCACGUGUGCCCCUGGCUACACUGGAUCCAAUUGUGAGAUAGAUUGUGUUAAUCAGCCUACCUCAUAUUUGUGUUGUAAUCCCGGAUAUGUUGAUGCAGAUUUUCCACUUCAGCCAUAUACAUGUAUAGUACUAGGAUGUCAAAGUGCAAGUCAAUGUACAUGUACACCAGGAUACACUGGGCCUUUUUGCAAAAGUAAGUUAAAUAUAACUUUGUUCAUGAUAACCAACCUUGGAUGA